CUACAUGCUAUACUGGCUCUGUCCAUUGAUCUUUUCACCAUUACUACUCAUUAAUUCGUACAUACUCAUUCAAACAUCUGCUUUCUCUCCUGGCUGGCACGGUGAGAGCAUGACGCGGAAUCUGUGCGACAUCAUCUGUAAUCUCUGACCAUCCCUCAUCCACAUCGACCUCCUCCAUUCGUGCAGCACGCACACAUAACCCCAACCUCAAUAUCGGCCGCCCACGGUCCUCGAUUGUCGAUCCAUUCCACCACGUCGAGACCACGUCGACCUCGUUGCUAUUCAUUCUGCCUUCGCCAUCUACACGACAGUCGGAAAGUUGGGGGUGGGGGAGAGAAUUCAAGAUCGCGAAAAGAGGAGACGGAAAAAAGCCCCCUGCGCUCUACACGCGGCAGAUUAGAUCCUCUAUUACCACACCUCUCCAUGCUUGCUCAAUAACUACGCCUCUGCUAUAUCGCUCUUUCCCUCUCCUCUGACCGAGCAUGGCAGACUAUGGUCUGCCCGAUUCUCGCUAUUAUGGUGCAAGACCACCACCUCCACAGCAUGGAGGACCCGCCGAUCAAAGAGAUACCGCCUUCCACAAUAUCUUUGGCGGUGCCCCUCCUCCAGGGAGGUCCCAGACAAUGACAAGUCAAUCUGCAAGUGGAAUGUACGAUCGGCUGCCCAGCAUGGGUUCGCAACACCCACCGCAUAGCAUGUCCAUGAGGCAGGGCCCCCCUCCACCAAUGCGUCAGAUGCCUCAAUCCUACGAUCGCUCCAACGGCAUUGCUCCGGGCCAACCUUAUAUGAAUGGCGCAAACAGCACAAGGCCGGCGCCACACAAUCCUGCGCCAAUGUUCCCUGACCGACGACCUUAUCCUCCGCCCCAGCGGAUAGAUACGCGACCCGGUGGCCCAUCUUCAAUGUCGAUGUCGACGUACGACCGGAGACCUGUUCCCAACCGAAUGCCUCCUCCAGCAUUGAACAAUGAUGGUUAUAGGUCGCGGUCCAUGGUGAGGCCUGGAGAGCCGACCAUGGGUUAUCGUCCGCCGCCCAGUAGCUUUCAGCAGGGUACUGCCAGUGCUUUUAGACAGCAACCUUAUGCGGGAAUGGGUGGCUCAAGGACGACAGCUCAAGGCAGACACAUACCCGAAAGAGUCGAUGGGGAUAGGUCUAUGUCGAUGGGAUCAUAUGCUCUGGAUCGAGAUCAUACCCAGCAAUUGACGAGUGGUAGAGUCGUGCCGCAUCGUCGACGAGAAUCAGAAUCAGACCCUUUUGCAGAUCAUCAUGCCUCAUCUAACGGCUCCUUUAGCUCCACUAAUUCUCCAGGGUAUGGUAUCACUCCACGGUCGCGGCGCCCUAGUGAGGGAAGUAAUCCCCCGCGCACUGUGUCUGCAGCUUCUGCCGCCUCAGCUUCAUCUGACUUGACGCCGACAACCACCAUGAACGGUUCUCGCAACGACAGCAUGAUGAGUAGGCCGACAGGCUCGGCCCAUUCGUCGGCCAGUCAGACAACAACUGUUGUCCAAAGAAAGUCACCCCUUGUCUACCCUGCCCUCUUGUCACGCGUUGCAAGCGCUUUUCAGGAAAGAAUCGGCGUUGGCGACAGAACCAAGAAUGAUCUCUCCUACAAGAAUGCCUUCACUGGAGCGGAGGCUGUCGACCUGAUCGCCUACAUCAUCAAGACGACUGACAGAAACCUUGCCUUGCUUCUCGGACGAGCCCUCGACGCCCAAAAGUUCUUCCACGACGUUACCUAUGAGCAUCGGCUCAGGGAUGCCCCCGGGGAAGUCUACCAGUUCCGAGAAACGAUGGGAGAAGAGGCCUCCUCGAAAGAUGUCAACGGGGUCUUCACCUUGCUGACAGAAUGUUAUUCUCCAACUUGUACCAAAGACCACCUCUGCUACUCGAUCGCGUGUCCUCGGCGCUUGGAGCAGCAAGCACGCCUCAAUCUACGGCCGCAGCCCGGAUUACGACAUUCCAACUCGAGAGGAAGCCUGCACGGCGAGGAAGACCAAGAACAGAAGCUCUGGAUCAAUAGCGUUCCUAAGGAGGUCGCGGAUAAGAUUGACGACAGAGAGAAGAAGAGACAGGAAGUGAUUUCAGAGCUCAUGUACACAGAACGUGACUUUGUCAAGGAUUUGGAAUAUCUCCGUGAUUUCUGGAUACGCCCACUUCGCGGCGCCGGCAAUGUCAUGUCUCCCAUCAAAGAGGAGAGGCGAGAGAAAUUCGUCCGUACCGUCUUCGGCAACUGUCUAGAGGUUCUUGCGGUGAAUGGCAGGUUUGCGGAAGAGUUGUCAAAGCGGCAGAAAGAACAACACGUGGUGCACAGUAUUGGUGAUAUCUUUCUCCGAUUUGUGCCGCAAUUCGACCCUUUCAUCAAGUAUGGAGCGAAUCAGAUGUACGGCAAAUACGAAUUCGAGAAAGAGAAAGGCGCCAACCCAGCUUUCUCUCGAUUCGUGGACGAGACUGAGCGGCUCAAGGAGUCCAGAAAGCUCGAGCUGAACGGUUACCUGACGAAACCGACAACGCGUCUAGCCAGGUACCCGCUCCUACUGGACAAUGUAUUGAAGUACACAAAAGAUGACAACCCGGACAAGAAGGAUAUACCCAAAGCCAUCGGACUAAUCAAGGAUUUCUUGGCUCGAGUCAAUGCGGAAAGCGGUAAAGCUGAGAAUCACUUCAAUUUGCUUCAGCUGAAUCAACAGCUCAAAUGGAAUGCGGGAGAAUACACUGAUCUGAAACUUACUGAAGAGAAUCGGGUCAUUCUGACCAAGAUGAGCUUCAAAAAGUCACCCACCGACAGCGCCGAAGUUCAAGUAUACCUCUUUGAUCACGCGGUCCUCAUGUGCCGUGUCAAAAAUGUCAACAAACGAGAGGAACUUCGAGUAUACCGAAAGCCAAUUCCGCUAGAGCUCCUCGUUAUUGCCGAGAUGGAUCAAGUCAUUCCCCGCCUGGGUCUCGCAAAGCGCUCCUCGUCCAGCCUGAUACCUGGUAACAAACCAUCCACUUCGAGCACUCCAGGUCAGAAAGAGGUGUACCCUAUUACUUUCCGACAUCUUGGAAAAGGGGCAUAUGAGCUUCAACUAUAUGCCACCUCGAUCACACAGCGCAAAAAGUUUAUUGAACUAGUGGAAGAGCAGCAAAGCAAACUUCGCGACCGAAGUAGUGCCUUCUACACCAAGACUAUUUUAUGUGAAGGUUUCUUCAAUGCUCAGAAUCGGGUCAAUUGUCUGGUGCCGACUGAUGGAGGCCGCAAGCUGAUUUAUGGGACUGACAACGGUAUUUAUAUCGCUGAUCGAUGGCCAAAGGACAAAUCCAUCAAGCCGAAGCGCAUUCUCGACGCCACCCAAGUUUCCCAAAUCGACACGCUGGAGGAGUAUCGCCUGCUCCUCGUGUUGUCGAACAAAACGCUCACCUCAUAUCCCUUUGACGCAUUGGAUCCAAAUAACCAGAAUCCAUUGGCGACGAGACCCAGGAAAAUCCAGGGGCAUUCUAAUUUCUUCAAAGCCGGUAUUGGAUUGGGGCGACAUUUGGUGUGCUCUGUGAAGACUUCGGCAUUAUCCACUACCAUCAAGGUAUACGAGCCCAUGGACGAUCUUACUAAGGGUAAGAAGAAGCCGGCAAUCAGUAAGAUGUUUGCUAGUGGCCAAGAUGCACUGAAGCCUUUUAAGGAAUUCUACAUACCAGCUGAGUCGACAUCAGUACACUAUCUCCGCUCCACACUAUGCGUUGGCUGCGCCAGAGGCUUUGAGGUUGUCUCGCUCGAGACCACCGAGCGACAAUCCCUGCUCGACCAAGCCGAUACGUCGCUUGACUUUGUGACGCGCAAGGAGAACGUCAAACCCAUCCACAUUGAACGUCUUAACGGCGAAUUUCUACUCAACUAUUCCGACUUCUCCUUUUUCGUCAACCGCAACGGAUGGCGUGCAAGGCAGGACUGGAAGAUCACGUGGGAGGGUACGCCGCAGGCAUUUGCUCUGAACUAUCCAUACAUCCUCGCGUUCGAGCCGUGUUUCAUCGAGAUACGACAUAUUGAGACGAGCGAGCUGAUUCAUGUGAUGACGGGCAAAAAUGUGAGGAUGUUGCAUUCGAGUACGAGAGAGAUCCUGUAUGCUUACGAAGACGAGAACGGCGAGGAUGUGAUUGCUAGUCUUGACUUCUGGACCCAGGCUCAAGGCAGUUAGAGCUUGAGAAGGGAUGGGUGGCCAGAUUGGAAAGCCUAUUGUUUCCGCUUUUAGCCCUGUUUUUAUUUUUCUUGCUUCACGGAUGGACGGCUAGGCUACGAGUCAAAUUCAUGAGAGCCGCGCUAUGGACUCAGGAAAGGGAGUUGGAGACACUGAUCUGGCACCGGCAAUUGGAACGGAACGGAAACGGAGGGCGUCGACACUGUUCACACGUGGAUGGAAAUGGUGUCAACAAGCUUUAUGCGCUGCGACGAAGGGGGACAGAAACGAGACACAUGGAUCAAAGGAUGAACUAUCCCUGGCUGUUGGAAGGAAUGGAUGAGCUGGAUGAAGAGGCCAGAGAGAGCCCUUUUAGCGUCCAGAGAGAAUCCAAAGCGAGCUUUCACCGUGAGCCUUUUUCCCGUGUACGAGACCAUGUCGCCAGGAUCAACUGUCGUUGCCCAAACACCGCAGUCCUGUGAGGGGACCUCGUAUCGCAGCUGAUGCAUGCGCACUGGCGGCAAAUGCCACUCAGCCGCUUUCUACCCAAUCGGCCUUGCUUUACAUUGAAGACGCAGGUUCUCGUGUUGGGCCCCGCACGGCUUUGUCCUGGAUGGUGAUGGCCUCUUGCAGAAUGGCAGCUUGGCAGUAUCUCCAUGGUUCUCCCGUCAGGCUGAAAAAGAGGACAAUGGCGGCGGUCUUGCCAGUGAC